GAAAAAACAUUCAAAGAAAUAUAAUUUUUCGAUUUCAUACUCAUUUUUUUCCAUCAUUUUUAAAUCAUGAAUCGAUUCGAAUUUCAUACGAUCAUAUUUAUUAUAUUUAUCUUCAUGACAGCUAAUUGUACAGAUUAUUCAGAGAAUUCAACAAUCGAACUGUCCACUGAAAAUAUAGAAUCUAUCAUACAGAAUGAUUCGUCAGAUAUUGAUACUAAUAAUAACAAUAAUAAUCAUUCCGAUUUGAAUGAACAAAUCAAUAAUGUUAACCAUUCAUCAGUUUUCGAAAGUCAAUCAUCAAAAAUCAAUGAAGAAAAUUCUAUGACGACCAUAAAUAGUCCUAAUUAUGUCCGAUAUAACUGUACGCCGGUCGAACGGAACGAGACAGCACAACUAAUUGUAGUCAAUUCAUCAUCGAUACCUAGUUAUCUUCAAUUGAAAAAUUAUUUCAUCGUUGAUUUUUUCUAUAUGAAUCAUUCAAGUAAUGAAAAUAAUUAUCCGGAAGAAAAAACAUCUACAAUUGAUAAUGAAACAGCUACAACAUCUAAUAUGACCACAUCUUCCAAUGAAACAGGCCAAUGUGCCAUAAUGAUUUUCUAUUACAAUUGGUGUCGAUUCAGUGCGGCAGCUGCACCACAAUUCAAUGCACUUGGUCGUCUCUAUCCACAGAUGUAUGUGAUGGCCAUUGAUGCUUAUUAUCAUUAUAGUAUCACAAUUCGUUUCGGUGUUUCGGGUGUACCAAGCAUGUAUUUCCUUUAUAAUGGACGUGCUGUAGCCAAAUAUAAUCGUACCGAUAUCACAAUGGAUGGUCUUGUUGAAUUUAUUCGUUCAUUAACUUCAUUAGAACCGAUAAAACCAAAUGUUACCGAUCAUCAUGAAGUUGAAGAAAUCAACAAUGACGAAGAAAAUGUGAAUAAUGGAAAUAAAACAUUUUCAUACGAUAGAAUUUUCUGGAAUAUUACUGAUAAUGAUCGUAAUGGUCCAUUAGUGAUACAUCUCGAAAAUCAGCAAAAUUAUCUGCUUAUAUUUUGCUGGAAAUUUUGCUUAAUCGUUUUGUUCUAUCAUUUUUUUCGUUCAAAUUUAUUCGCAAUGAUCAAAGAUCAUGUUCGAGGAAUGUGGAAUGAAUGGGCACAAACUGUUCAACAUCAUGAACAUGCCGAUUAAUUUGAUUUAUGAUUGAUGUAUUGAUCAAUCAAAUGAUUGAUAAAUUGAUUGAUCUUUGAGCUGAUUGCCGUUGGAAAUCAUUGAUCAAUCUUUAUCAAUCGAUCAUUCAAUCGAACCGUAGCGAUAAAAGAUCAGGAUUCAAUAUUGUGAUCAUCAAUCUAUUUGUUUGUUUGCUUGUUUUAAAUAUCACAUCAUCAUCAAAUAGAUUUAUUUUUUUUCUGUAAAUAUUCAAAAAUUAAAAUAUUGAAAAAGAAAUUUGUACAAAAACAAAAUUUCUCUUAAUUGCUUUCCCACAUAACAUUAAAUCAUUCGAUUUCA